AUGUAUUGCGAAGGCAAACCGGUCAUCCUGAGGACGCCAUCGCAGGCCCAAUGUCGAAUGGCUCUCUCCUUCCCAGGAAUGUGGUCCUUGCUGCAGCCGAUGCUCCUGUGGGACUCCUGUGAGGACCUCUGGAUGGUUCGAGGCCCACUUCCUCAGUGGAAAUCCGCCCGCCAUGCAGAGGUUGCGCAGCUCCGUCUGGAGGUUGACGGCAUCGUCGAGGUUGUCCGCGCCGGUGACCACGUCGUCGACGUAGCAAUCAAGCCGAAGUACUGUGGCACCUUGAGGAAACUGCGCCCCCUCGUCCGCACAAAGUUGUUGCAGAGUUCGGAUGGCCAGGAACGGUGCACACGCCAUGCCGUAGGUCACCGUCUGCAGCUCGUACUCUCCGAUCUCGUCCGUCUUGUUGUGACGCCACAAGAUUGUUUGGAGACGGCAGUCCUCAGGAUGUACGAGGAUUUGGCGGUACAUCUUCUCGAUGUCGGUGACGAAGACGUACCGGUGCCAACGCCAUCGCAGCAACACGUCGGUGAGCGCUGGCAGAAGGUUUGCCCCAGUCAGCAGCUGCGAGUUGAGCGAAGUACCGGCCCGUGUGCGCUGAGAGCCGUUGAACACGACUCGGAGCUUUGUCGUCGUGCUCGAUUCCUUCAGGACCCCGUGAUGUGGUCCUCGUAUUCCUGCAUGAAGCCGUGAUAGAGGUCGCC